GGUGCGGAGCGGCCGUGUCGCCGCAGAGAUGGAACGGCACGUGCGGUGACGGUCCCCGCGCUGAGGGUCGCAGCCUCGCGCCCCGUCCCCGGGCGAGCAUGGAGGGCCCGGAGCCGGAGUUGAUCCGGCAGAGCUGGCGGGCCGUGAGCCGCAGCCCGCUGGAGCACGGCACUGUCCUGUUCGCCAGGCUGUUUGACCUGGAGCCGGAUCUGCUGCCUCUCUUCCAGUACAACUGCCGCCAGUUCUCCAGCCCGGAGGACUGCCUCUCCUCCCCGGAAUUCCUGGACCACAUCAGGAAGGUGAUGCUUGUGAUUGACGCCGCGGUGACCAAUGUGGAGGACCUGUCCUCGCUGGAGGAGUAUCUUGCCAGCCUGGGCAGGAAGCACCGUGCGGUGGGAGUGAAGCUCAGCUCCUUCUCGACCGUGGGCGAGUCCCUGCUCUACAUGCUGGAGAAGUGUCUGGGCCCUGCCUUCACGCCAGCCACGCGGGCGGCCUGGAGCCAGCUCUACGGGGCCGUGGUGCAGGCCAUGAGUCGAGGCUGGGACGGCGAGUAGGAGGCGGCUCCUGCCUGGCGGCCCCCACCUGCCUGUGUCUGCCGACCUGUGCCCUGUGUCUGUCGCAGCCAAGCUCCCUGAGCCUCCCUGAGCCUCCUUGUGCUGCCCCUUUGCCGGAGUGCAGAGUGAUGGGGCUGGGUCUCAGAACCCAUCCUCCCAGCGGGGUGCCUUUGAUUUCAGGCGCAGCUCCUGGACUCCUAACAUCCCCAUGGCUUCGUCCUGCCUGCCUCUCCCCGCUCUUCUGCCAUGAGGAGGAGGAACGGGACCAUUCUGCGGCAGAGGGGGAAUAUGGCUGGGGAGGGACAGGUCAUCCAGAGGGGGGCUCCAUCACCCGCCCUGUUCAUGUGAGCCAGGGUCAAGUUGGGGAGCGGGCUGGCUGAGCUUCGGGCAUUUCCCAUCCUGCCAUUCAUGUUUUUCUCUCCCAGGUGUUAGCUUUUCAUGAAUACAGACAGGGGCAGUGUUAGGCUCCUCAUGUGGGUCAGGCUGCAGGAGCAGUGUGUCAGUGAGUGCUGAGAUUGGACAGCAUCUGCCAGGCUCAUCUGGUCUCGGGGCCUCGUCGGAUGCCACCACCUGGCUGGUUUUUCUUCUGCAUUAUCUCCCUUCCCUUUGCUCAGCAUUUCUGGGGGUGCUCCCUUAUGGCUCUGUAGGAUCGCAGCCAGCUGCCAGGGUCAGGUGGGGAAGGGGGGUGACUUUGCCCAGACACACGUAUGCCGGGGACUCUCCCUCACCACCCACCUCCAGUAGGGUCUGGGUCUGUACCCCCCCAACUUCUUUUCUGCCUCUGCCUGCUCUAGCUGUGGGCCACGGCCCCCACCCCUGUGUUUAGUAGCUGUGCUGAGGCUGGUAGAUAGAAGAGGGCGCAGCUCUGAGGCCCGGUGCCCUCCCCUCAGUCACCUGCAUUUUAAUCCUCUGCUCUGUGCUGUGGUUGUAUAAACUCACAAGGAAUAAAGCUGUUCUG